AUGAUUGGUAUCAUGGCUGUUGAAAACACCACCUUGGACGUGUCUGAAAACUCUUCAAACCAGAGCAACUGUGAUGUUUUUGUUUACCAACGUGCUGCUGUGGUCCUCUUCCCAGUGUUCUACUCUGUGGUUUUCAUCAUCAGUGUGUGCGGUAACAGCUUGGUCCUCUACGUGAUCUGUCAGAGGAAGCAGAAGUUCAAUUCCACCUCCAUCUAUCUGGUCAAUCUGGCACUAUCUGAUGCUCUAUUCACACUGGCCCUGCCUGGAAGAAUCACCUACUACAUCCGCCACUUUGACUGGCCUUUUGGUGACCUCCUCUGCAGACUGACAACACUCCUCUUCUUCGCAAAUAUAUAUGCAGGUAUUGGCUUUAUGACUUGCAUUAGUCUGGACCGAUACUUGGCCAUGGUACAUCCCUACCGUCUGCAGUGUUUGCGGAGCAUCAAGGUGGUCCGCAGGGUCUGCUGCCUCGUCUGGGCUUUGGUAUUCCUGCAGAUAGCACCACUCAUGUUCCGCAGCAUGCUGCACAAGCACCAGGAAAGACGGACCUGCAUGGAGUACUUCAACUUCGAGGGCUUACACUUCACUCCGUACCUCCUGCUCCUGGCCUGUGUUAUCUCCUUCUGCUGUCCACUCUUCAUCAUCAUCGGCUGCUACGCAAAGAUCAACAUGAAGCUGAGAUCUGCAGCCAAGCAGAACUCUGUGACUGGCAGAUCUAGGAGGAAUCACAGGGCCAACACCAUUAUUCUCCUCAUCCUCCUCACCUUUAUCGUAUGCUUUAGCCCUUACCACAUCAACGUUAUGCAGUUCAUGACAAGAAAGAUACACCACAAGCCAACCUGUGAGGAGCUGAGGGCCUUUAAAGUCUCUUUACAGAUUACAGUCUCUCUUAUGAAUUUGAACUGCUGCCUGGAUCCAGUCAUCUACUUCUUUGCCAUCAAGACCUACAAGAAGCGAGUGUUGAGUCUGUUCAAGGACUAUCUGUACACUUCCGGUGCCUCCUCCAAAGUGACAGCUGAGAACAGCAGCAGCAACACCUAAG